AUGCUGUUUUUCUUAACAAGCCUGGAGACCAAAACUCCUGGUGGCUUGCCCGUUGAGCCUGGAACAAGCUGGUACUUAAAGAGCGGCUAUUUCAAGAAUCGACCAUCUAAUUGGUAUUACUCUUAUACGAGUCCUGAUGAAGUUAUGUUAGGCAAUGACAUCAAGCAAAAUCUUUAUUGCCAUUUGCUAUGUGGUCUUGUCCAAAGAGACGAGGUCGUGGGAAUUGGUUCCAAUUCCGCUUCAGGUAUGGUCCGAGUAAUCAAGGUUCUUGAAGACUAUUGGAAGGAGUUGUGCUCGAAUAUCCGAUCAGGUCAUCUAAGCGAGUGGAUCACCGAUUCUGGUUGUCGAAACUCAGUCUCUAUGGUUCUUGGAGGUUCCAUGGUACAAUAUGUUCCUACAUUGAACUAUUACUGCAAUGACCUGCCUCUUGUUUCAACAACUUACGCUUCUUCCGAGUCAAUUGUCGGUAUUAAUAUCGAUCCAUUAUGUAAACCUGAAGAGGUCUCUUACACACUCAUGCCCAACAUAUCUUACUUUGAGUUCAUACCAGUGGAAGAAGACAACAGUGUUGUUGUGGACCUGGCAGAUGUCAAACUCGGGUGUUCUUACCAAUUAUUGGUCACAAAUCUAUGGGGUUUGUAUAGAAUGAGAAUUGGAGAUAUUGUAAAAGUGACUGGAUUCCACAACAAGGCACCUCAGUUUAGGAAACUGCUGUUAUACUCAAUGGCUGCAACGAUGUUGGAGCAGCGCGUUUGCAUAAAUCGUUGGGGACAUCAUCACGAGGAUUUCACCGAGUUUUGA